AACAAGAUCGCGUGACAGCUUUUGGGUGUGGUCCACCGUGUGCAAUAAAAGCGAUACGAUUUUUUAACAUUUUCCUACUUGAAUACCUUACCAAAAGUUCUGUUUUCUUCUCCGAGCAUCGCCAAAAAAUAUCAGGCGUUAACAAGCACGCAAAUUUAUCAACAUUCGCGUAUAGUAAAUAAAAUCUACCUACUAUUUUGUGCAGGAAUUUCAUCUCACUCAAUAAUGCUUUAAAAAAUCAUGCAGUCAAUAUAGUGAAAAUUUAUUGAACAUGGAGCAUAAUUCGACGACUAAUGAUUCCGGUGCAGUCGAUGUGAUACUAGGAUCGAAAAUUAUCGGCGAUUUAUUAGUAUGGCACAUUUUGUCGAUCAUUUGUGGCCUUAUAUCGAUAAAAUUGAUAUGGUUAUGCUGUUGUGUAAGUUUUCGAAUUCCUCGAACGAAGCAAGAAAUAGAAGCGGAUUAUGUUCGAAAACAAAUCGCUAAAAAGUUUCGCAAACAAUUGAAUUCAAUUCCAGAUGGUGAAAUGGAUGAAAUGGAUUUGACAAAAGCUGUUGAACGAGUCCGAUUUGAAUUAAUGACCGAUGAACAGAAAGAAGCUGAGCUACGAGCUAAACAAAAAACGUGUCAUUUUCGAGAAGAUUUCAUAAAUGAAAAAUCGCAAACGCAAGAUAAAACCUCCAUUAGCAGUGAUCCUUUAAAUGCAGGAACAUCUGAAGAGAAAUUAAUGGAUGAUAAAAACAACAGUCAAUUGAAUAAUAAAUUUGUGACCAUUGUGAACGCUUUCAAUGUGCUGAAAUCGAAAAAAUCUUCCAAACAAAUUACAGUCUAAAUUAAAGUAUGCAGAGUAAUAAGGUUUUCUGUUCUUCUUAUUCUUAAUAAAUAUUCAGCUCGAAAGUGUA